UGCUCUCAGAAAGCAUCAUGGCAAAGUAGCUCCAUCCUCCCCUCCAACAGGGAAGUGAAGCAGCUUCUCGGAGCAGGUGUCAGCAGUAGUGAACUCACCACAACACCGGACCACAGCGGAAGAAAGGAACUUUAUUAUUUAUUUUUUUUUAAACUUUUUUUUCUUUCCCCCCUCUAUCCUCCCUUUUUUCCUCUGCUUCAGCGCGCACACAGCAGGCCUAUGUUGAGUUUUUAAUGUUCUCUAAAAUGGUAUCCAAGCUGACAUCCCUGCAGCAGGAGCUCCUCAGCGCCCUGCUGGACUCAGGAGUUACCAAAGAUGUUCUGAUCCAGGCCCUGGAUGAUAUGGACCCCAGCCCGCCGGGCUUUGGAGUAAAACUGGAGAGCCUGUCCAUGUCUCCCGCUCCGCCUCAGAGCGGGAAGAUGAACGGGGCAGACGCAGACUCGAAACCCGUCUUCCACACGCUCACCAACGGCCACAGCAAAGGCAAACUGUCCGGGGACGAGGGAUCCGAGGACGGGGACGACUACGACACGCCACCGAUACUGAAGGAGCUCCAGUCCCUGAACACGGAGGAGGCCGCCGAGCAGAGGGCGGAGGUGGAGCGCAUGUUGGCAGAGGAUCCAUGGCGUGCUGCCCGCAUGAUCAAAGGUUACAUGCAGCAGCACAACAUCCCCCAACGGGAGGUGGUGGACAUCACGGGGCUGAACCAGUCUCACCUCUCCCAGCACCUCAACAAAGGCACGCCCAUGAAAACACAGAAGCGAGCGGCCCUCUACACCUGGUAUGUCAGGAAACAGCGGGAAAUUCUCCGACAGUUCAACCAGGCAGUGCAAGGUUCUGGCAGCAAUAUGACAGACAAAGGCAAUCAGGAUCCGGUGUUUUUUUUCCCAGAGUUCAACCCGUCUGGUCAGGGCAUGGGUCAGCCUGGUGACGAGGUCGGCAGCGAACCUUCCUGCAAGAAAAUGAGACGUAACCGUUUCAAAUGGGGGCCUGCGUCCCAGCAAAUCCUGUACCAGGCCUAUGAACGGCAGAAGAACCCCAGCAAGGAGGAGAGGGAGGCUUUAGUAGAGGAAUGCAACAGAGCUGAGUGUCUUCAGAGAGGGGUCUCCCCCUCCAAAGCGCAGGGCCUCGGCUCUAAUCUGGUCACAGAGGUGCGAGUCUACAACUGGUUUGCCAACCGGCGUAAGGAGGAGGCAUUCAGGCAGAAGUUGGCCAUGGACGCCAUCACUGCGCCGACCCACAGCAUCAACCCUCUGUUGUCACACAGCUCACCACAUCAUCCCCAGACCAGCGCUUCCCCUCCCAUGCGUUACAGCCAAGGCCCCGGUGAGGUCACCUCCUCCACGACCAUCAGUCACCACAAUAGCAACGCCAUGGCGACCAGCCAGUCGGUGCUCCAACAGGUGUCUCCGGGAGGAUUGGACCACAGCCACAGCCUGCUGUCACCUGACGCCAAGAUGAUCUCGGGUUCAGGUGGAGGACUUCCUCCAGUCAGCACACUGACAAACAUCCACAGUUCCCAUCACAGCCAUCAGCAGACACAAAACCUCAUCAUGCCUCUAUCUGGAGUCAUGGCCAUAGCACAGAGUUUAAACACAUCGCAGUCUCAGACGGUGCCAGUGAUCAACAGUGUGGCGGGCAGCCUUGCAGCGCUGCAGCCGGUGCAGUUCUCCCAGCAGCUCCACAGCCCCCACCAGCAGAGCCUGAUGCAGCAGUCUCCCAGCCACAUGAGCCAGCAGCCGUUCAUGGCUACUGUCACACACUCACACAUGUAUCCUCACAAGCAGGAGCCCCCACAAUAUUCCCACCCGUCACGUUUCCCCUCGGCCAUGGUGGUCACAGACGCCAACAGCAUCAGCACCCUCAGCUCCAUGUCCUCGAGCAAGACGGACGCUCCUGUAAACAAGAUGGUGCAACUUGGGGGUCUCUCCUGGUGUCCUCUUCAAGCUUGGUGAGAGCAUCCUUGACUUCCUCGGUGCCCGGCAACUGGAGCACAUUUUUCCACCCUCUCACCGUGGUAACCAUGACAACUCUUAAUAACCGGCAACGGCGCGCUGGAUGAUGAGUCAGUCAACAAACAGGAGGAGUAACGACGGUGGGCCAGGCGGUGAAAAUGAGAAAUGGGGACAGAGAAGGAAAACAAACAAAACAGAAAAAAAAAAAAAUCACUGAACCUGAAAGUGAAGAGACUGGAUUCCCCCCUGUGCUGCACACACAUGAUCAACAAGGAUGUAUGAUUUUAAUCUCUGAAAACAGUAUUCAGUUUUUCAUGCCCCCACCCCCACCCCCCACCCCCCCUUUAAAAAAAAAUGUACAGCCAUCUUCUUUUGUGACAUUACAAAGGAACAAAAACCAAGCACCAAGAACCGCUCAUGAACUGUGUGGACCUGAAUCCAGGCUAUGGGACAACUUAUAUUACACUGUGAUUUAAGGUGGAAAUAUGAAGAUACACUGAGACAGUGAUCAGCCUCUGUGACGGUUCAAGGACCUAGUGAAGGUGAUUCACUCACACAAAGUACCAGGAAGCCUUUGCAUGUGAGGAGAACUGUGUGACAAUCACAAUAACCUGUAUUGAUCCUGUGCAUGCAUCUGACAUUCUUACUGGACUUUAAAGGAGUCUUCCAUGUUAUUCUAUCACACUUAGUUUACUGUACUAGCAUUAGUGCAGGUGAUGAAUGCCUUUUAUCGCUGGUGGGAUUCAUCAUUCCCAGUUGUUCAAUGUGUAUACUGUGAUUGAAAAAGACUUUGACAAUCUUGAAAGGACUAUGCAAUGUGUCUAUAGGUGUAUGCAAUGCUUUGUAUAGCUGGAUUCUGCACAGAACUCCACACAAUUGAGACUGGGAAUGAAUAUGGACUAUCAGUGAAGUGACCAACAAUUAUUAUACUACACUGGAGUUGCUGUUGAUAAAGCUGCCUGUAAAAUAACACAAGAGCAGAUGGAUGGAUGUGCGACAAAUAUAGUGUAGCUACAACUUCUAUUUGUCACCAUGUCUCAAAAGCUAGCCUGCCAUAUCUAUAAACCUGGUCUUGCCUUGUGGAGGAGGACUGACUCACACACUUUAAAUGUGGCCUGUCCCCUCCAUGGAAACCUCUGGCUUUUGUUUGCACAUAGGUUCAGGUGAAUUUCAGGAAUGGGACUCACCCUCCUCCUCCUCCUCCUCCUACUCCCCUCCCCACUUCCUGCCAGAAUGUGAAGAAAUAGGACAAAUAUUGUUAAUAACUCCUCAUCAUGAAUCAUGGCACAGGACCCCCCACCAGUGUAGAAUGAAAAUAUUGACAAGUAUUCAGAAACAAAACAGUCAUCUUAGUCUGGUAUUUUGUGAAGGAGAGAAACAUGAAAGAGGAUAAUGUUGUGACAGCAGCUGCUCUAAUCUUACAGGAAUCCACAAAGACUGAGAAAUGUUGGGGAGAGGAGCAGCUGCUGUGGGUACGCACGCCCACGCGGACAGUAUUAAGGUGUGUUCAGUCAGAAAGCGAAGCGAAGUUUCGCCUUGUGUCUUUUCGUGCAAAUUUGACCAUUGGACUCUGUGUGUUUAUUCGCCCCCAACAGUGUUGCCAGAUUGAGCAACUGGCUUACUUUUUUUUUUUUUUUUUAAUUGAGCAGGUAAAAAUUUAUUUGGGAUUAUGGAUUGUUAUAAUUUGGUCUUUUCCUUUUUACCAUGAUACACAUAUUUAUUCUGUUUGACGCGCACUCUCAACGCUCUCCAGAACUUACCUGAGAAUCGUCACGUUUUCAAGUUUUUUAAGCAUCAAAGUAAUAAACUAACAGUUGUCAGGAUGUCCACAGGUACAUAGCAUAAAAAAACUGGAACUGCUAAUAACCAAUUUGGCAUAGGCCUACUUAAUUUUCCAAUUACCUGACAGCAACUCACUUUACAACAACACUGUAUUUCUUGUUUCUUGUAAAAUUUUACAUCUGUUCAUACAAGUGCAGACUCCUAAAUGAAAAUGAGAACUCUUAGACAAUUGGGCGCAUUGUAGGCUUUGAUUCUGGUACUUUUUGUCAGUCAAACCUGGCAACAAUGGACCCGUACAGUCUGUGGAAGUGUGUCUAUGUGUAUGUUUUUACGGAAAUUUGUGCAAAUUCAUGUCCACUCGUAGAGUUUGCUCGAAUAUUUCGCUUCGACUUCUGACAGAACACAGUCACAGGUUCUGGUGGGAAAGUUUUAAAUAAGGACCAAAUUUGGGAUUAAGAAUACAUUUUCUUUUCACUAUACCUACCAAUGUUUGUACGAAACAAAAAGGCAAUUUUUAUCGAUUUUUAACUAUCAAACUCUGCAUAUCAUAAGUGUGGCAGAUCCAGUCUCCUAUUCAAUAUUAGGUCAUUACAUUGUUGUUAUUAUUAUGUUUGUUGGUUUGUGACUUUUAUAGGCACAUCUAUUGCCAUCUGAUCAGAGGGCACUCAUACUUGUGUGGCAGGACGUGAUUUUUUCCCUCCUAAUGUAUUAUUUUUGUAUAAAAUUGAAAUCAAUCAUAAAUCAUUAUUUAUACUUUCUCAGAAAAUAUUGAUAUUUCAAGUAAAAGUUUUUUCCAAAAUGA